AUGGCUGAUCAAGACAUUCAUCCAACCAAUUAUAGCGAAUUGAGAGAUAACUACAAAUACUACAUCAAUUUAUAUAAUGCAUUGUAUCAGCUAAAAACCCAAAAUGUUGAAGAAUUAAAUUCGAUUUUUAAAUUAAUCAAAACAGAAUUGAUUGAUUCAAGGAAUUAUCACCCAGACUGUAUUAUGAAAGAUAUUUUAAACAUUAUUCCAUAUAAUAAUCGCUAUGCAAAGUCAUAUUUGACUCUUGCAAAACUCAUUUCCAAUGCUUAUAAUGUGAAACAGGUCCUAGGGAUUCUAAGUAUUUCCAAUUUCAUGUUUUAUAAAAAAUAUGGAAUUAAACUAUACAAAAUUGAUGAUUUUGAACAAAUUAAAUACGAAAAUAUCGAUAUUCAUACAGAAUAUACAAUUCACAGAGCAAUUAUGUAUAAUGACAUAGAAACAUUCAUUUCAUUCACAGAAAGAGAAGGAUUUGAUAAAGAUCAAAAACUUAAAAGCAAGUUAUAUCCAGGAACUUUUGAAGGAUAUUCAUUACUUGAAUUAUGUUGUUACCACGGAGCAGUUGAUUGUUUCAAGUUUUUGAGAACGAAAUUUAAAUCAGAAAUAACACAAAUAUGUCUACAACUCUCAUUUUUAGGAGAUAAUCAAGAGAUCAUGAGUGAAUGUUUGAAAUAUCAAAAACCUAAUGGAGUUUGUAUGAUGUAUGCAAUUAUUUCACACAACAUUGAUUUUGUUACAUUCUUGAUAAAUGAGUACAAAAUAGAUAUAGAUUUAGAUUAUUGUGGACUAUACAAUAAUCUUGAAUCCUUUUUAGUUUAUUUCGAUCAAACUCAUAAUUUUAACAAAUGCUUUGUUUUUUCGGCAAAAUUUAAUAUUUCUUCUCUUUGUGAAUAUUUCCUUUCAAAUGGUGCAAAUAUCAAUGAAAAAGAUAAAUAUGGAAGAACAGCUCUUCAUUAUGCAGCAUAUUUCAAUUGUAAAGAAACAGCUGAACUUCUUAUAUCACAUGGUGUAAAUAUCAAUGAAAAAGAUAUUGAUGGAGAAAAUGCUCUUCACUAUGCAGCAAGAAAUAAUUGUAAAGAAACUGCCGAAUUUCUUAUUUCACAUGGUGCAAAUAUCAUUGCAAAAAAUAAAAAUGGAAAAACCGCUUUUCAUGAAGCAGCUUAUUCCAAUAGUAUAGAAACAGCCGGACUUCUUAUUUCACAUGGUGUAAAUAUCAAUGAAAAAGAUAUUGAUGGAGAAACCACUCUUCAUGAAGCAGCGUAUUUUAAUCAUAAAGAAACAGCUGAACUUCUUAUUUCACAUGGUGCAAAUAUCAAUGAAAAAGAUAAAUAUGGAAAAACCUCUCUUCAUGAAGCAGCGUAUUUUAAUCAUAAGAAAAAAGCUGAACUUCUUAUUUCACAUGGUGCAAAUAUCAAUGAAAAAGAUAAAUAUGGAAAAACCUCUCUUCAUGAAGCAGCGCAUUUUAAUCAUAAAGAAAAAGCUGAACUUCUUAUUUCACAUGGUGCAAAUAUCAAUGAAAAAGAUAAAUAUGGAAAAACCUCUCUUCAUAUUGCAGCAGAAAAUAAUAGUAAAGAGAUCGCAGAGCUUCUUAUUUCACACGGUGCAAAUAUCAAUGAAAAAGAUAAAUAUGGAAAAACCUCUCUUCAUGAAGCAGCGCAUUUUAAUUGUAAAGAAAAAGCUGAACUUCUUAUUUCACAUGGUGCAAAUAUCAAUGCAACAGAUAAACAUGGAAAAACUCCUCUUUAUAUUGCAAAAGAAAAUAAGAAAAAAGAAAUGGCGGAACUUCUUAUUUCACAUGGCGCAAGUAUCGAUGGUCGGCCAUACUGUAGGUUAAUAUGA